GCCCGACUCCCCCGGCCUUUCCCCGGCCCAAACCCCGGCCUUGCGUAGCUCCUGAGGCGGAGGUGGAGCGGGACGCGCAGGGCCCCCCCGCGGCGGCCGCGGCCGCCAUGGCCGCCGUGUGGCAGCAGGUGCUCGCCGUGGACGCUCGGUACGCGGCGUACCGCACGCCGCAGCUGCCGCAGUUCCGCACGCAGUACGUGCGGCGGCGCUCGCAGCUGCUGCGGGAGCGGGCGCAGGGCGGGCACCUGGCGGGGGAGGCGCGGCGCUGGUACCUGCGGCUGCGGGCGCGGCUGCUGGCGCAGCGCUACGGCGCGCUCUCGGAGGCGGGCAGCACCCGCAGCGCCCUGAGAGCCAGCAGGACCACGCUGGACAGGAUGGAGGAUUUCGAGGAGGACCCGCGGGGGUCCCGCGGCCACCGGCGCUCGCUGAGCCGCAGCUCCGGCCCGGGGGGGCUGCGGGGGGGCCCCGAGGAGCGCCCCCCCGGCGUUGUCCCCACCCCCCUGGCCGAGGCCAGCCGCGCCAUGGCCGGCGACACCUCCCUGAGCGAGAACUACGCGUUCGCGGGCGUGUUCCACGUGUUCGACCAGCACCUGGACAGCGCAGUGCGCAAGGUGCAGUUCGCCCAUGACGAGCGCCACCUGCUGGCGUGCUGCUCGCUGGACGGGACGCUGUCCGUGUGCCGCCUGGCGCCGGGACCCCCGGCCGUGCUGCGGCGGCUCCGCGGCCACGGGGCCGGAGUCUCGGACUUCGCCUGGUCCCUGUCCAACGACGUGCUGGUCUCGGCCUCGCUGGACGGGACCCUGCGCCUCUGGGACCCCUCGGACGGGCGCUGCAUCCGCAGGGUGCCCGACCCCGACGGGGCGGCGCUGCUGUGCUGCGCCUUCCAGCCGCUGAAUAACAACCUGACUGUGGUGGGCAGCGCCCGGCACAUGGUGCGGGUGGUGAACAUCUCCACCGGGAAGCCGGCGCGGGGCGGCACCGGGCGCCUCCCCGGGCGCGCGCUCGCGCUUUGCUUCGACAGCCCCGGGCGCGUCCUGUGGGCCGGGGACGACCGAGGGUCGGUGUCAUCGUUCCUGUGCGACCCCGGCACUGGCCGGCUGACCAAGGCCUCGCGGGUGCUGGUCCAGGCCGGCGGCUCCAUCACGUCUCUGUCGGCGCGAGCCUGGGCCAGCAGGGAGGCACCGGAUCCGUCCCUGCUGGUGAACGCCUGCCCCGACCGCCUGCUGCUCUUCAGGUACCAC